AAUGCGACUUGUGGAAAAACAACUUAUGUUCACUGUAAAGCUGGGCGUGGAAGGAGUACAACAAUUGUGCUUUGUUAUUUGGUUGAAUACAAGCACAUGACUCCUACUGCUGCCCUGGAGUAUGUGCGGUCUCGAAGACCUAGAGUGCUACUAGCACCAUCUCAGGGGAAGGCUGUUCAAAGUUAUAACAAUCUAAGACCUUCUCCUUUAUCACAGACUGUUCAAAGUUAUAACAAUCAAAGACCUUCUCCUUCUGGAGACAUAGUUCUCAUAACCCAAGAUGAUCUUGAAGGCUAUCAUAGUACAUCUGAUACAAGUAUGGAGCUAGCUAUUAUUCCUAAAGUGCCAAAGACUAAGCCCAUGAUAGCACGGUUAUCCGAGUUCUCUAACCAGCUUUAACAUGAGAGGAAUCAGCCCUUCUAUACUGACUUGGCUUGCUCAGAAUCAAGACAUCAACAGCUUCGGUCCCGACAUUGAAAUUUUAUUUUAUUCUCGAAUCCCCGGCCUUCAGUCACUUAUCAACAAAACUAUUAUUGAGCUAGAAACUGAGCUGAGCAGACUUGGGAAGUCCAUUGCAAAUGAUGUAGGAGGGAAGUUGUACAUGAUUGGUAGUGUUUUGCCUAAUACAUGAGCUAAAUGGUUUCACAUAUCAAAACUUGAAGUUGUUACAAACAAGUUUUCACAGAAUAUGAUUAGGGUGUCAGAUAGGGUAUGUUCUUAUACCUCAUCCCUAAAGCAUUUCUAGGUGAUUCAGCUACUGAUUGCCAUUGAUUGGUGACACUAUCUGGGCUGCUGAGUUUUAUUGAUGGGCUAUGGUCAAGUUGUGGAGAUGAGAAGAUUAGUGUUCACAACAAACCAUAAGGAAAAGCUUGAUUCAGCAUUGUUGCAUCCGGGCCGAAUGGAUGUUUAUAUACAUUUGUCCUAUUGUACUCCCUAUGGUUUUAGACAGUUGGCUUUCAAUUACCUUGGUAUUAGAGAAGAUCCUCGGUUCUAUGAGAUUGAAGAGAAAAUUGAGAAUACUCGUGUGACUCGGGCUGAAAUAGCAGAGCAGCUUCUCGCAUCGAUAUUGGAACUGUUCUUGAAGAUCUGUUGAUUUUUCUUACUAAAAAGAAAGAAAGUCAGGUGCUUGAGGCUAAAAAGAGAGAACAAGAGGAGCUGAAAGGUGAUAGUGAUGAUAGCAAAUGAAAUGGUAUUAUUGUCAUUUGAUUGGCAUUGUAAAGGUGGAGCAAUUUAGACAUUAAAAUUUACUAAAUUAACAAAUUAGUCCUUAGUCCUUAUGCAUAUUUGUUGUUCUACUUUUAAUCUUAAGAUUUUUAUUCACUUUUUUUGUUUUGUUUUUAUCUCUUGUCAACUUGAAGAAAAAUGUUACUGCAAUGGAUAACAAAAUUGUUGUUAUCGAGAAUAGCUACUACACGUUAAUUUUCAAGUUGAGCACUAUUCAGUUGUAAUUAGUUCUAGCUAAAAUGUUAUGCUAUUUAAAAGCUUUCUCUAGAGCGUAGGAGA